AUGAAGCCCAUUGAUGUAACAACGGCUGAAAAUGAAAAACAACUAUUCAAGAAGAUUUACAAACCCCUCCAAAUCCAUCAACCGUUGAAUAAAAAGGAAAGCAAGUUUAAAGUUGGCGAUAAAGUGCGAAUAAACAAAUACAAGCACGUUUUCGAAAAAGGUUAUACACCAAAUUGGACGACAGAAAUAUUCACAAUAAAAAGCGUGCAAAAUACUAAUCCAACAACGUACAAGCUUACUGAUUAUCAAAACCAAUCAAUCGAAGGUGGAUUUUACAAUGAAGAGCUUAAUAAAGUUAGAUAUCCUGAUGUCUACCUUGUAGAAAAAUAG